AUGAAACUAUUUGUAGCCUUUGUAGCUAUCAUAUUGAGCGUCAGUGCUUUGUCACACAACGACCAUUGGGAAAAUUUUAAAGUUAAACAUGGCAAAGUUUACAAAAACCCAAUCGAGGAAAGACUACGCUUCUCAGUUUUCCUGUCAAAUUUGAAACUCAUCAACGAACACAACGCCAAAUACGAACAAGGACUUGUAGGAUACACAAUGGCAGUCAACCAGUUCGCUGACAUAACCCCAGAAGAGUUCAAAGCCAAGCUCGGUAUGCAAGCCAAAAACAUCCCUAAAAUCAAGACAACUCGUCAUGUUCAAGAUGUAAAUGCUGAGGUUCCAGACUCCAUUGACUGGAGGCAAAAAGGUGCCGUAUUGGGAGUUAAAGAUCAAGGAGACUGCGGAUCUUGCUGGGCUUUCAGUGCUACUGGAUCCCUUGAAGGACAAAACCAUAUCAUCAAUGGCAAAUCAGUAGGUCUCAGUGAACAGGAACUUUUGGAUUGUUCCUCAGACUACGGAAAUGGCGACUGCGAUGAAGGUGGUCUUAUGACCAGCGCUUUCGAAUACAUCGAAGACCACGGAAUCGAAUCUGAGUCUAGCUAUCCCUACGAAGGGGAACAAGGAAACUGCAGACGCAAAGCUGGCAAAGCUGAACUAAAGAUCAAAGGUUACAAAGAACCGGCAGCUAAUGAGGAAGCUUUGAGACAAGCUGUUGGUACCGUUGGUCCAAUUUCUGCAGCAAUUUACGCUGAACCUAUCCAAUUCUACUCACGUGGUAUUUUUGAUAGCAAACAGUGCGUAAAUAGUAAAGAUUACUUGGAUCACGGAAUCCUGGUCGUAGGUUACGGUGAAGAAAACAACACGCCCUACUGGAUUAUCAAGAACUCAUGGGGUGCAGACUGGGGUGAACAAGGUUAUUUCAGACUGAAGAGGAAUGCUAAUUUGUGCGGUUUGGCUUUAAUGACAAGUUAUCCAACUUUGUAA